AUGGACCCGCCAAACCUCGGGGCGCUUGAUCUCUCCGACUCGGACGAGGAUGCUUUGUUCGACACGCCGGCGGCGCGCAAGACCAAGCAGAAGACAAAAGAUGCGGACAAUGAUGCGGGGGAGGGUGCAGCGGGCGGGAAGACACGCUCCAAGGAGUCGCAUUAUACCACAGAAGAGGCACGAGAAGCGGCAUUGCGGAGAGAGUUGGAAAGCAUACGAAACGUCAACAAGGUCAUUGAGGGCGUAGUGGAAAGCUUGCAGAAAGCAAAGGACAACAUGGCUACUGUAUCACGCACUGUCCAGAACGCGUCCACUUUGCUGCAAACAUGGACACGCAUACUUUCCCAGACCGAACACAAUCAGCGCUUGAUCCUAAACCCUCAAUGGCAGGGUGCUUCACAAGAUUUGAUAGACAUUGAGGAGGAAGAAGUACAUCGGCAGCAGGCCGCACAACGUCGGGCAGCAGAAGAGCAGGCUCGGAAAGAAGCUGCGGCGAGGAAGAUCGAAGAAGAUCGUAGGAAGGCAGAAGCGGCCCCGAGACCAGGCACACGAGGCAGAGUGAGGGGCGGCGCUAGACCACGAGGUGCUUCGACAUCGUCUACAGGGAACUAUGUUGGUGUGGGUGGCCAAGCAGGACGUGGUGUCAGUCGCAGCGAUUCAACGCGAGGUCGUGCAGGCAGUGGCAUUGGGCGAGGGCUGCCACGGGGUAGGGGAAGAGGUCUGGGCUGA